CAGGGUUGGGUUUCUUGUGGAAGGUUUCUUGUGCACUGGCCUCCACUGUAGAUCCGCGGCUCCUCGCGGUCUGGGUUGCUGGGCGUGGUCUUACGGACCUUGGCCUCGCUCGGACGUGUGGUUCUUCUUCCCGGCGGGGGCCAUCGAGGAGCGUCCUGGGUCUCCUCCUCCUCCUCCUCCUCCUCCUGCCUCCUCCUCCUCCUCCUCCUCGCCUAAUUAUCCGUGGGACCGCGCCCCAGAGUGCGGGCCGCGAGGGCGCGGACCUGCUCGCCGCCCGCGCUGCCAGGGCCAGCGGCGCUCGGCCGCGCUGCCCUUCGUGGGCAACACGUGGGCGGUGAACGGCUUCCAGUAACGCCACGGACGUGGCGUGGAGCGCGCUGGCCGCGGGGGGCAGCAGGCUCGACGCGGUGGAGGCGGGCUGCUCCUUCUGCGAGCGGGAGCGGGGCGGCACGGGUCUGCGGUACGGGGGCUCCCCAGACGAGGCUGGGGAGACCACGCUGGACGCGAUGAUCAUGGACGGGGAGACCAUGGACGUAGGAUCCGUCAGCGAUCUGCGCUGGGUCAGGGACGCCAUCUCCGUUGCGCGCUUCGUGAUGAACUCCACCACGCACACCAUGCUGGCCGGCGAGUCCGCGACCGACUUCGCCGUCCAGAUGGGCUUCACCCGAGCGCCCCUGACGACGGAGGCGUCCGCGAGGAUGUUCGACGAGUGGCGUGCCAAGAACUGCCAGCCGAACUACUGGAAGGCCGGCGCCGUGGUGCCAGACCCCUCGGCCCAGUGCGGGCCCUACAGGCCGAGGGGCCCCGGCGAGGAGGCCCCGCCGGCGCGCGGCGGCGGCACCGACGAGCGGCUCCUGCCGCGCUCCGGGCCCGGCAACCACGACACGAUCGGCAUUCCUUUAUGUUGAUGCCGUUUUUUCUUCUUCUACGAUGGUCGCGUGGCCAGCGGCACCUCCACCAACGGCGCGAGCCACAAGGUCCACGGCCGAGUCGGCGACUCGCCGAUCGCAGGCGCUGGCUCGUACGCCCGCAAGGGAGACGGCGCCUGCGGGGCCACCGGGGACGGGGACCAGAUGAUGCGGCUGCUGCCGUGCUACCAGGCGGUGGAGUCGAUGGCCGCGGGCAAGACGCCGGCGGACGCGGCGUCGGACGCCAUCGCUCGCGUGGUCCGCUUCUACCCGAACUUCCAGGGGGGCAUCAUCGUCGUCAACGCGGAGGGGGAGCACGCGGGGGCGUGCAGGGGCUGGGGCACCUGGUCCUACACUUGGCGGUCGGGGUCGAUGCCCGCGCACGCGGUGAGCACCGUGGCCUGCCAGUGAGGCCCACGCGUGCCCAACUGCCCGCUCUACCCGCGGGCCCGCGCCCGCACCCCGCCGCGGGCGCGGGCUUGUGCUGGGCCUCCAAGGCUGGCAAGGCGGCAGGAGGCGGCAGGAGGAGGAGCUGCCGGAGAAGGUCGCCGAUGGGAGCAUCUCAUUCAAGACGAGCAUAUCUGGAGAGAGCACGUGAACGCGGCAUGCGCGUCCUGACGGGUGGGCUGCAGCGCGCGCGCAUUUCUCCCCCCCUCGCGUU